GAGCGGUCGCGUCGCCCCGCGCCACGUUUACGCGCGCGUAAAUCCAAUUACGAUUUUAAUGCGAUAAUCGUAAUCCCGGUUUGUUGUGGUUGGUUUUUGGUUACCGUUCGGUGGAGUGUGUUGGAACGAUGUGAGUUGGGGAAGAUGUGGAGGGCGUUUCGAACGCUCGCUGGAUUGUUGUGGUUGGCAGGAUGGCGCGGCACCGAAGGCUUGAUAGAAAUCGUGGAGGAGCAGCGGUGUCACGACGCGGAGUUUCGUCUCACUUGCCGAGACCUGGACACCCACAUCGCGGUGCUGGAGGCCUGGUACACCGCCGCCGACGACUACACACCCCCCAACGGGAGUCGAACCCACGAACCUAUCCUCACAGGACGCGACGCGGAGCUCGACCGCGUCUAUACGUACUCCAGCCCCAAACACAACGGCGUCUACGAGCCGACCAACCGGACCUUCGAGAACAUUACCUGGGCCAUGGAGUAUAGCGACUGGAACGACAGUGUUGAGACAGUUAACGACAGUGUCGAGACAGUGAACAUCAGUGACUGUGCGAGUUUCUCCCGGAGUUACUCGAGUUUGAACGAGGGGGAGAGAGCCAGGCCGGUCGCUAGGAAUACCUCAAUUAAUCUAAGAGCCCCCGUCAGCUACAGGUGUACAGGAGUGAACCACUGCAGCUUCCUGCUGGGCCAGGACUACCCGCGGUCCAGGCGGUGGUCACCAGGGGUGGUCUACAUCAAGUACGCAUGCUUCGAUGACCUAGUGUCAAUCCACUACUGCAAUCGCGAGGUGUCGCUAGCAGCAUCGGGCCCAGACAGCGAGGGGUACGUGCGGACCCCAGGCUACCCGCACUAUUACGUCGGCGACCGCUGCCGGUGGCGGCUGCAGGCGACGGAGCAGCGGAUACGACUGACCUUCCUCGAUGUUAGUCUGAGAAGUAUAGGUCCCUUCGAGAAGAAGUGUACAGACUACAUCACGGUCACAGACGGCAACGGGGAGACCCUCCUGUCUACCUGCGACCAGGUGAACCUCCCUCUCCGAGUUACCUCACUCACGGACUCAGUGGAAAUAUCCGUGGAGGCGCAAUCAAAAGGCGCUUACCCCAAACGUGGCAUACUGAUGCACUAUAAAAGUGUAGGCUGCGUGCCUCUACCAGCGCCAUCUAACGGCUACCUGGUGUACCGCAAUAGACACGUAGCGCACUACAUGUGCAACGUGAACCAUGUUUACGUGGACACGCGACAGAGGGCGCGCGUCAUAUGGUGCUAUGAUGAUAAUAAGUGGAACGAUACUAUUGUCCCAUGUGUUGAAGAGGCGACUGCUGUAGUCGCCGACAACUCGUCAUCGGUCGGCUCGGACACAGGCAAGCUGCCGCACAACGACGGAAACAUGAUAGUCGAUAUCGUGAUCCCGUCCCUGCUCAUAGCCGCGCUGUUCAUAGGGAACGCUUUCAUCGUCCUCGUCAUAUACAAAUAUAGGAAACGGAAACCCGACGAUCUGGAGGACGAGUUCAACACGAUCCCGCUCAGCGCCAACGGCGUCCACAGUGCCGGCAACGCCGUCUAACUGUCCAUCCACUUGGGUGUACUCACUACUAUCUUAUACAUACGAUAUGUCGUUAGAGUUAAGGGGGUAUUGUAAAUGGUGAUGUCAAAACUAUAAUUUUUUUUUUUUUUAUAGUUUUGACAUCAUUUGCCCGCUUUGAUGUAGACCGCACACACGUCCUUACAAACGCUGUCCCCUGUUUCCUUCCUGGAUAAUGCCGGUAGAGUUAUGA